UCCUUGGGCCGAGGUGGGGAGACACGGAGCAGAGUGCGUUCUUUUUUUUCAGUGAGAGCAGAGUCCGCCUUCCGGUGGUUUCGGCAGCUCGCCUCCGCCAUCUCCGCCGCCGUCGCCGUCGCCGUCUUCCCGUGCGUCGCCGCCAUCCACAUCGCGCUUUGAGGUGUGAGCACCCCCUUGGGAUGGAGAAGAGGAAGAAGGAGGAGGAGGAGGAGAAUCCGCCGGCAGCGGGGAGCCUCUGGGACGACCUCCUGCCUGAGAUCCACCGGGAGAUCCUGUCGCGGGUGCCGUACCGGUCGCUCUGCCGCUUCAAAUGCGUGUCCACGGCGUGGCUGACGCUCACCGGCUUCUUCUGCUACUCCCAAGUGGACGUCGGCGGCGGCCGGCGCCAUUACGGCGUCAGCUUCCUCAACCUAUCCGGGUGGGGCCGGCCGAUGGUCGACGACCCCUCCCUCAGCUUCGUGCGGGGCUACCGCCACGUCACGCCCAUUCACUGCUGCAGCGGCAUUCUCAUCUGCUACUGCUGGAAGUUUGACAUGAGCGACGAGGCGGAUUUUGUCGUGUGCAACCCUGCCACCAAGGAGAUCUGGGCCGCGCUGCCGGUGCCCCAGAAUGAGAUGAUGACGCGCCUCAACACCGCCCGCCUGUGCUUUGACCCGGCUAUUCCCCGCCGCUUCAAGGUGUUUGUGUUCGUGCAAAGUUUCGCUGGGGUUCAGAGGGUGGAGGUCUACUCUUCAGACACCGGGCAGUGGACCUCCGUUGGGAGCGCGUGGAGCUCCGAGAACCUCAUGAUUGCCGAGGAAUCGGGAUGCGUCUACUUCAAUGGAUCUCUGCAUCUGGCUGUUUGCCAUCCUGUGGUCAAGGUGGUGGACUGGGAGGGACGCCUAUACACCGGGCAUGUAGAAAAUGAAGGUAGAUGCCGGCUCUUGGUGUGGGUUCUCGAGGAUCAUGCUAGCGGACUGUGGACCCUGAAGUGUACUGCCAGCAUUCUUGAACUGCUAGGAAGCCCUUGCCGUGCACCCAACGAAUUCUACCAGGCGGUUGCGAUCCAUCCAGACUGCAAUCUGAUAUUCCUUGAAGAUGCGGGGCAGGAAGCAUUGCUUAUGUCCUACAAUAUGGAUACCGGUAAACUGGAUAUUGUCUGCUCUCUUGGAGACCGCUGGGCGCAAAGAUUUCACCCCUACAUUCCCUGUUUUGUGGAGAAGCCGCCCGUUCCUCAGUGAAUUUUGGAGCAGCUUCACAUUUGCCAAGUUGGCGUGGCUCCGGUGACUUCAUGAGAAUCAGAUGUCGGGUAUGGUCCUCGAUGGUUUUGGGUGUUGAUUGGAUAGGUGCUCUUUCCAUCCAGUUAUUUACUGCUAGUACCUUCACUCUGCUGCAACUUGUUAUGGAUCACAGUUGAAUUAUUGAUAUCGUCCUGUUCUGAUGCAUUUGAAAGUAGUACUCUGUCAUAUGUUAUUUGAAAUGGAUGUCUCCUUUGUAGUAAUUUAAUACAGUACCAUCGAAUCUUGGAUCAACUUCUCUGAAUUUUUGUACAUUCUGGGAGAUUCCUUCAAUGAAAUCUGCUCGCAUUGUGUCAACCAAUACCAAUACAUGCUAGUGAAGAUUGGAAGGGGAGCCUUGGCGCAGUGGUAAAGCUGCUGCCUUGUGACCAUGAGGUCACGGGUUCAAGUCCUGGAAACAGCCUCUUGCAGAAAUGUAGGGAAAGGCUGCGUACAAUAGACCCAAAGUGGUCGGACCCUUCCCCAGACCCUGCGCAAGCGGGAGCUACAUGCACUGGGGCUGCCCACUAGUGAAGAUUGGAUAUGUAAUGCCACACAGGGUCAGCGUUCAUCAUUAUCACUCCUAGCACCCCAUAGUGUCCUUGUUCUGAGUAAACUUUCCAAGGCCAUUAUAGUUCUGUGAUGAAAUCCUGAAUAGACUGCUAUACCACUGUCAUAUCCAGUGGCUUGUAAACUUUAAUAUAGCUACUGGAAACUUUCGUGAAGGUAUGCUUGUCAUUGAAUAGCGAUCACAGCAUGAAUAGGAAUGCAAAUGAAAAUAUAUGCUUUGUUUUUCA